AAGGUCUGCACUCCGCUACAGGAUCCUCCGGUCGAGGCCACGGGCACGGGUAAGGGGACAUGAACAAAUCCACGGAGUCAGCCAGUCCCAUGAACAAAUCCACGGAGUCAGCCAGUCAGAGGAGGCUCUGAGCUCUGUUUCUCUCUGUCUCUCUGCAAUUGAUCCCUGUUUUUCCCUCCAAAAAAGAACCGCUGAAACCGGGUAACCAGCAGCAGGAAAAAACGCUCCACCGGAAGAUGGGAUGCGCGGCGUCGAAGCUGGACAACGAGGACGCCGUGAGGCGGUGUAAGGACCGCCGGCGCCUGAUGAAGGACGCUGUCUACUCCCGCCACCACCUCGCCGCUGCCCACUCCGACUACUGCCGCUCCCUCCGCGUCACCGGCUCCGCCCUCUCCUCCUUCGCCGCAGGUGAACCCCUCUCCGUCUCCGCCCAUACCCCCGCCGUCCUCCUCCGCACCCCCGCCUCCUCCCUCUCCCGCUCCACCACCAACAGAACCACUCCUCCUCCGCCUCCGCCUCCGCCUCCGCCUCCCCACUUCUCUCCCUCGCCUUCUCCCCCCGCCGUCGCCACCUCCAAACUCCCUCACAUCCUCUCGGCCUCCGGCAACGCCGUCAACUCCCGUCGCCACCACAGGAAACAACCAAUCAAGCUCCCUCAUAUUCUCUCUGACUCAAGCCCCUCACGUUCUUCCCUCAAAAGCCAUAACCACGCCCCAAACUACGCACACAGCGCGAAUCCCAAUUCUACCACUACUUCUCAGACAUCAUCGGUUUGGAAUUGGGAAAACUACCGCCCUCCGUCGCCUCCCGAUUCCGAAUUCUUCCAACGGCGGAGCAAUCACGCAGGAGACGAAAAUGCCCACUCAACCUACUCUAAUUACGAAAAUCCCUUCCACAAACACUACCAUAAUCCCCACCCCGAAGACGACGACGACGAUAAAACCUCGACUUAUUCUAAUUACAGAAAUCAGCAUCAUCAAAAGCACCACAUUGAUGACGACUACGAUAAAACCUCAACGUAUUCUACUAGUACUAGCAGAAGUCAGCACCAUAAAAACCACAAUGAAGAGGAGACAGAGAGAGAGGAGGUUCGGUACAGCGAAUGGGAGGACCGGUACAGCACGACAAGCUCCUCCUCCGAAGGGGAAAGAGAUGGAGAUUCCAGAACCGAGGUUGGAACGCAGUCGAAUUUCGGAUCGUCGUUUCGCACCGAAGCGCAACCUCCCCGUGCGCCGGCGGCGAAGUAUUCGGCUGAUAAGUCUGACGGCGCCGGUUCUUCCGCCAGCUGGAACGCGGACGGAAAGGGUGGCAGCGGCGACAUGACGAUCGUGGUCCGGCACCGAGACCUGGCGGAGAUCGUUGAGGCGAUCAAGGAGUAUUUCGACAAGGCGGCUUCGGCCGGCGAGAAAGUGUCGGAAAUGCUUGAGACCGGUCGUGCUCAGUUGGACCGGAGUUUCAGUCAACUGAAGAAGACGGUGUAUCAUUCGGGUGGGGUUUUCAGUAAUUUGAGCUCGAGCUGGACUUCAAAGCCGCCGUUGGCGGUUAAGUAUCGGUUUGAACCGGGUUCAAUCGAUGAGUCGGGUGGUACGAAGAGUCUCUGUUCGACUUUGGAACGGCUGUUGGCUUGGGAGAAGAAACUCUAUGAAGAAGUGAAGGCUAGAGAGGGUGUGAAAAUUGAGCAUGAGAACAAGUUGGCAGCGCUACAAAGUCAGGAGUACAGAGGGGGCGGGGAAGCGAAGUUGGACAAGACGAAGGCUUCAAUAAAGAGCCUACAGUCCCUAAUUGUGGUCACCUCUCAGGCCGUUUCCACCACCACCUCUGCCAUCAUUGGUCAAAGAGACUCUGAACUUGUCCCGCAGCUGGUAGAGCUUUGUCACGGAUUCAUGUACAUGUGGAGAUCGAUGAACGAGUUCCAUGAAGUCCAGAACCACAUCGUGCAGCAAGUCCGUGGACUAGUAAACAGAUCAACCAAGGGUGAGUCCACCUCGGAUCUCCAUCGCCAGUCAACCCGUGACCUCGAAUCGGCCGUCUCUGCCUGGCACUCCAGCUUCUGUCGCCUAAUCAAAUUCCAGCGGGAUUUCAUCUGCUCCCUCCACGCCUGGUUCAAACUAACCCUCCUCCCUCUCAACACCGAACCGCCCCACCCCACCCCUGUCUCUUCCGAGAUAUUUGCCUUCUUUGAUGAAUGGAAGCUCUCCCACGACCGUCUCCCAGACACAGUCGCAUCCGAAGCCAUCAAAAGCUUCAUCAAUGUUGUCCAUUCGAUAUCUCUUAGACAAACAGAAGAGCUCAAGAUCAAGAAAAGGACCGAUUCCGCAGCCAAAGAACUUGAGAAGAAAUCUUUAGCUCUGAGGAGCAUAGAAAAUAAGUACUACCAUUCGUAUUCAAUGGUUGGGAUUGGGCUACCAGAUUCUAGACCCGAUAACAGUGGUCACGCGUUGGACGCGCGGGACCCACUCGCGGAGAAGAAAUUUGAACUCGCGGCCUGCCAGAGGAGAGUGGAAGAGGAGAUGUUUAGGCACUCGAAGGCGGUGGAGGUGACGAGAGCGAUGACGCUGAAUAACAUUCAGACGGGUUUGCCAGGGGUCUUUCAGGCUAUGACCAGCUUUUCUGGCUUGAUUAUGGAGGCACUCGAGACGGUUUGCAACCGAUCUUAUGCUAUUAAAUAGAUAAGCACUUGGUAACGUUGGUUGAUAAUAGUGAUUUUCCCCACUUUUUGUGUUUCAUUUUGAGCAAGGUGGAGAUAGUAAGGGCUGGGACUUUUAAGCAGUGGGCUCUUCUUCUUUUUUGUUGAUUUUUACCCCUUUGGUUUUGAUGUGUAAAUAAGAAUUUGCAGUUUUGUCGUCCUUUUUUUGGUAGUGGAGUGAAAGGGCAGGGAUGGGAGUGUUUCUGUACAGGAAAUUUCAUGGAUUAUUGUAUCAGAUGAGGUUCACUUUUUC